UUUUACUUUUACUCUACUGCAUGUCGACUUGAUGUCCUGAACUCUGGCAGUGGUUGAAUUAGUAAUUUUGGCCCCAGUGUUCUCAGCACGGGCCCACGAACCUGGAUCGCCCUAAGCUCGAAUCAGAAGGGGUCGAAACCUGGCCAAGAAGCAACUUUGCCGUCACUGUGCUGUGCUGCGCUCUGCUCGGAAUGUCGUAAGACACCUCAUAUCGCAAGCUCUAACCAACAGGCCUUCUCAUCGCAACAACUCUCCGCCGCUCUCCCAUCUCUUCCACCGUCCGCCUUCUCUGGUAGAUUCUUCGCGCCCGAAUCCUGACGAAAACCUUGUCGUCACACGAUAUCACCACACCGAGCGUUCCCUUUGGUGCACGAACAUUGAAAACCCCCAAAUUCGCUGCGCGAUUCCGUCACCUCGGCUCCACCAAAACGGUCGCAGCAAACAUCCACAAACAUCUAAACGUUCUUUUGAGCACCCCCGAGACCUUGCUAUACCGUCAUUAUGUCCGUCGAGAUUGAACCCUUUGAGCUCGGCUUCCGCAGGCCAUUUACUAUCGAGGUCGCGCAGAUCCUCAAGAUCAAGAACACCAAUAAAGAGCCAAUUGCUUUCAAGGUUAAAACGACAGCCCCUAAGCAGUACUGUGUUCGACCAAACUCUGGUCGUGUUGAGCCCGGCCAUGAAGUCGAAGUUUCAGUCCUCCUGCAGGCCAUGAAGCAGGAGCCUCCUGCCGACGCCAAGUGCCGUGACAAGUUCCUCGUCCAGUCCGUUACCAUCACCGGCGACAAGGACUUCACCAACGUUCAGCAGAUUUGGGACGGUGUGCCAAAGUCGGCAAUCCAAGAGAGAAAGAUCCGAGUCUCUUGGCUCGCCGCCAACGACGACGGAAAUGCGGAACCUGCGGUGUCGACUCCUCCCCGUCGCUCACUUGCUAAUGGCCAUGAGGAUACCCCCAGUGCCGCCCCUCCAGCCUACUCUUCCCCGCACGAUGAAUCCACCAUUCUCGAUAACACCUCUCCAGGCCAACCCGAGCAGGAGUCCAGGGAGGAGACUGGGUCAACUGUCGCCGAAUCCGCCGUGGCCGCCGUCAAGACCACAGCCGUCGAGACCUACGAAGAGAUCAAGGCGAAGCUCGCUCAGGCGGAGGCUACGAUUGCCCAGCUAAAGAACGACGCAGCAAGUGGACUCAGACAAAGGAAGGCAGCCGUAACCUCCGAGGCAGACAACAGUAAGCCUUCCCAGCCCGAGCUCGCCCAGGCGACGAGACAAGGUACCGAGGGUGUGUCCGUUAAGGUCGUUGCCAUCCUGUGCUUUGUUAGUUUCAUGUUGGCGUACUUCUUCUUUUAGAGGGGUAUACAGCCGGUCUGGAAAGCGUGGGCCAAAAGGUGACGGUGUUGUUGGUUUUCUUGCUACAUUGAGGCGCGGCGUUGGAUCACAAAUAAUCACCACCUAUCUUCACAACCCCCCAUACCCAUCAUUAGUUCCCCCAUAUCCCAUACCCUCAUACCCCCACACGGAGCUCUCUUUUGUUGUUUUACUGUUUUGUUAUUUAUGGGUAGACGUAUGGUAUACGUUGUUAUGUCUAUGUCUCUCGGUCUCUCUCUCUCUCUCUCUGUGUCUAGUGUCGUUUGUUUGUCUCUGACUGGACGACAAGUUCAUGGUAAAAUACCGCUGACUUUCUGAUGGUUGUUUUUCUCGUAGCGGCAUGAUGGGAGCGAGGAUAGUAUUAUUGCAAUUAGCUAGCAAGGAUGUUGUUGCCUGGGAAUGUGAAAUUAAUCGGUUACACCUGUUUGCUUUGAUAUUGGUGUGUGUAUCAUAACGUGUUCGGGGAUUACGUUCGGGGGCUGGGAAGGGCUUUGUGCGCAGAUUGACAGCUACUGUUAUUAUUACCUUUGCUACGCUAGCAGUACGUCAACAUGUGUAUCGAUCGAGAGUGAAUGCAAA